AUGUAUGACGAUAGGACGUGUACCAUCCUUGGCAUCGUAGAAGAGUUGCAAGGCCAUCUUAAGGUCGCCAAGCAACAUAUUGCCAGGCUAGAUAAUACAGCCCUGCAUGCUACUUCCCUAGUCAAGUGCACACACAAGCAAUUCAUGGAGACGGACUCUGCCCAACGGACCACCAUUGAGGACAUCAAAGCAAUUAUCCUCACUCAAGAUGGCCAGAACGUUACCCCAAGAGACCUGGCCCAUGUGUUUAAUGCUAUCUCUCUCAUGAUGGAAGAGGCCCUCAUUGAGGAGACUCCUGCCAAGGACUGUAGUGUCCAGAAUUUUACAUUGGUGAAGAGAGCUUUCUUGGAUGCCUGGCACAGCACCAUCCACACUCCCAAACCAUCCACCUCCCAAGAAGUUAUGGAGAUGGAUAUGUCCAUCGAGGAAAAGGUCAAGACUCUGCAGAAGUCAGUUGACACCCUUACAGUGUCUGCACCACCCAAAGAGAAGGUUAUACCCGAGAGUAAGGGAAAGAAGAGAGCCGUUGAGGCUCAUCAGAAAGUCCCUGAUCAGACCAACUCAGAGCCCGAUGAGGGGCAAACCAUGGCACUCGUCAGUGCUUCUUCAAGGUCACUGUCCAUAGAGAUGGUAGAACCUUCCACAAAGUCAGGCAACACCAAGCGUGAAGACUUGAAGGUUCAGUGCUGCCGAAAAAGGGUUAAGAGCAAGGCAAUUGUUGCCUGUGAGGACGAGAUGUCCAAUGCCCUAGUGGUACUCAAGAAAGGGGCCUCUCACGAAUGA